CUCCUAAAAUAGAAGCUGCAGUCCCGACACCAACUCUCUUUCCCUGUUUAUCUCAGUGUCUCUCGCCCUGCAAUCCGUCAGCAGCACUCUCUCUGCUGCUGGGCUGGUUGGAUUCUGGACUAGUUGGACUCUGGACUGGUUGGAUUCUGGGAUGGUUGGAUUCUAGACUGGUUGGAUUCUGGAUUGGUUGGAUUCCGGACUGGCUGGAUUCUGGAUUGGUUGGACUCUGGACUGGUUGGAUUCUGGACUGGUUGGAUUCUGGACUGGUUGGACUCUGGACUGGUUGGAUUCUAGGCUGGUUGGAUUCUAGGCUGGUUGGAUUCUGGACUGGUUGGACUCUGGGACGAGACGGACAUGGUGACUGCUCCAGGACCAGAACUUCUUCUGAAGAGGUUCUGAUGGACCACAAAGAGCACAGUGUGAAUAUUCCUUUAGUUUGAUUCUGAACACAGAACCUGGAUCUUAAAACUAGACCUGGUCUUGAACUCUGCAGGACCCUGACCUCAGUUGGGUCAGAAUCAGAGUCAGAGUCAGGAUCUCUGUAAGACUGAAUCCAGUCUGACAAUGAAUCUCUGACAGCUGUGAUCCAGAUCCUGGUUCUGGUCUAGACUCUGACUCCCAUCCUGAUCCAGAUCUUGAAUGUGGUUCUGAACCUGAAGGUGGUUCUGAACCUGAAGGUGGUUCUGAACCUGAAGGUGGUUUGUAUUCAAUUGUCAGGGUGACUCUGCGAGACAAACAUCCACAGUAAACAAACAGUAAGUGAUGAGCAGCAGACUGAACCGAGGAGGAGGAGGAGGGAGGAAGGAUUUCCUCAGUGCUCAUCGCUGUCCUGAAGUCGACCUGCUGCCUCCACAUAACGCACAAACCCCUCCUCCAGGUUCACUAGCUCCCACAGAGAAGAGCUCUGAGCUCACCUGUACAGGUAAGUGUGGUGCAGAUUACCUGGACAUCUGCUCGCCCUGCUUCUCUGAGGUAGCGGAGGACGACAAUGAGGGAAGCAUCAGCGACUGGUCAGAGGAAGAUCUCACCCUCCACUUCUCUCCAUCCGUCAUCCUCCAAUCAGAUGACGAGGAACCUGACCCAGGAAGUGCCUUCGAGUGUGUCAAUGUUACCAUGGAAACACAGGUGAAAGCUCAGGAGAGGGAGGGGCAGAAGAUGGUCCCUAAACGAUUGAUUCAGCUGAAGAAGAAGAAGAACACAGAGAACGUCAUCGACCAAGUGAACACUGAGAAACUAGAGGUGAUACGAACAGAUGAACCUGCUGAAGGGAGAGGAGAUAACAGUGAUGUGUCAGCCAAUGAACAAGCCUGUCCAUCUGUCUGUCAACAUCCAAAUAUGUUGCUACGGCAACACAGUAUGCCCUUCUCAUUCCACACGCGCUCAGUGGCCAGCACUGAUGUUGAUGGUUACAGGGUCUACAAGGGCCUGAUCGCAGGGACCAGCCCAGGGUGCCUGGUUGGAGGAAACUCGAGACGCCUUCAGAAAUCCUUGUCUCUGGAUGAAACUAAAACAAAGAUGGCGUCUUGCCUCAUUAAGAACGUCCUCUCUAAGAAGAUGCAGGUGGAGCAGAGCAGCAGUAAACCAUCUCACCUGAAAAAGACCCUUGAGGAGUUACCUGCAGCGCUGCAAGGGGGGAGGACAGGUGUGUUCAAGGCUCCAGUCCAUGUGGUGAGAGAUGUGAGGAGUUUAGCAAAAAACACCUACAGCCUUCCGUUCCCAACAUCUGACCAUCACCGGCCAGCAAGCUUCAAGGUCAUUGGCCAGGAGGACAGCCCUCCCCCCACCUAUCAGCAGGCUGUGGGGUUCAAAGGUCACGUUGCCAAGAUAGCUGCAUCUUUCAGCCAAUCACAGAACAGGAAACAGAGCAGCACAUUCAGUAGUCCAAUCACACACCAGAGACGAAGCAGUGAGCCAAUCAUUAGCAGACAAAGAGAUGAUGACAUCCCCUGGCCUGUCAUGUUAGACCCGCUCACCACCCCACCUGCCAGCGAGGACCUGUCAGAGCUCAGCCAAUCAGAGAGAGCUGGGAAGUCCUGCCCUCACCAUGCUCCAUCCCCGGGGUCUCAGCAGAGGUCCAUCCAGGAUGGUUCCUCCCAGCAGGUCCUCCACCAGCCCUGCUUCUACACCCCCACUGCUCUGUGCGCCUUCCCCCACAGCCUGUACCCUCACCUGGGGAGCGUCAGCUACAUCCACGGCCCCCUGAACUACUUCCACACCCACCUGCAGCCUCCUCCACCUGCUCCCGUUCCUGCAGCGCAUGAGCAACAGCAGCAGCCAUUUGAGUGCAAGGUUCAGGGUUUCCUACCUGCGCAGGUGGGUGGUGAGUUCAUUGUUGACAUAACUCGGUCUGCUCCAGCACCUGAAGCCCUCUUCAGUGUCCUCAGGCCCUGGUGCUUCUACGUGGACCCCCCUCCACAGCCUCAGAGGAAGAUGCUGCUGGACCCAGAAACUGGCCGGUUCAUUCAGGUGAUCCUACCUGCAGCCAGCUCCAGCACGCCCCCAGUGGGCGGUACUAACCCCGCCCCCACCGUGAUGAGGCCGGCCCCCACCAUGCUGCAGGUGGGCGGGGCUAACCAAUUCAUGCUGCCGAUGGGCGGGGCUAAUCCCUCCAUGUUUUCAGUCAUACCGCUGCCCAUGGCCUUGUCCACCAUGUACGGCCUGCCGUGCCUCCCCCUUACAGUGAUGACAUCACACCUGCAGUCCCCUGAUGACAUCACACAUACAGCACCAUGAUGACAUUACAUUCACAUGACACGUAUGUAGCGCGUCACAGGAUAAUAAUCUGAUGAUUGUUGAGAUAUUUGUUAAGAGGAUGGUCUGAGUUCACCAAUCACUGAGUUAAUAGUGAUUAGUUUUUGUUUAAAACACGUCACCCAUGUUUAGGAGGUUAGGAGAUUUUGUUUUGUUUUGCACAGUUUUGAAUAACUUGCUGCUUUUUACUGUUUUGUUCUGAAAGUUUACAUCAAACACCAGCAGCUAAAGAACAACAUGGCAUUGGAGAACCUCAUUCUGAAAGUUUAACCCUUUAAGCUUCAGUGUACCGCCGGCGGUACACCUACUAAUUUGCAUAGGAAUUUCAAGAAUGUCCGACGGCUGCAAACACGAUUAUACAAACACUAUACGCCGAUGGAAAGCUUAGAUUCUCAUGAAUCCGCCGGUAUAAACCACUUUCAGAUGUGAUUACCACAGCGGGUGAGAAAAACACAUUUGUCCGACAAAAACGAAUAUUCAUCCAUCCGUUCUCUAUACACGGCUUCAACGUACACAGCGCGACUCACAUUUCCGGGUUCAUUAUUACACACAGAAAAAAAGAUUCCACAAAAAACGGCCAUAAUCCAACCUUUUACAUCCAGACAACACAAGCCAGUAAACUAUUUUGUCCAAAACAUGUCCUGAAGUCGGUAUAAAAUCCAUGAAUAGGUCGUUUUCGAGGAAAUGCACCUCGCAAUGUGCGUCCAAUAUUCCCCGUAUUUUUCGUAAUUUUUUUAUUUAAAAAUAGAAUAUUAGCGAUUUUUUUGUACUGAAAACAGCUGGAAUUGACUGAAGCUUAAAGGGUUAAACACCACAAGACCUGAAACUCUGCUUCAGUCUUUUUCUUUGCAGAUGACUCUUUGUUUCACUAUAUCAGAAAUUAGAACAUUGUGAAAAGUUCAAUGUUUUCCAUUAGUUAUAUAAAGUGAAAACUGAAUAUGUACUCAACUUAUUGCAUCCAUCCAUCCAUUCUCUAUACACUGCUUUAUCCUCACUAGGCUCGCAGGGGGUGCUGGAGGCGAAGGCAGGGGACACCCUGGACAGGUUGACUCAUUACAUGUAAAGCGAAAUAUUCCAGAUAUUCCCCCGGUUUAAUUUUCGUGAUUUUGGCUAGUAUCUCAUUGAAAUCUCUAAAAAUGUCAACAUUUCCUUUGAGUUUGAGUCCAUUAUUGUUCCAACAGUAGAAACAGGCUUCAUCUCUGGGUCUAGAUCAGUACAUGGACCACUGUCAUGGAGAAGACUGCUGUCCGGACAAUGUUCAUCGACACCUUCAAUGGAGAGCCUCAAAAGGUCUCUAAAAAGAAGCAGAUUAAUGAAGGUUGACUGAAGGUCGAAGUGAGGGUUAGGAUUAGCAGAAGAGAAGAUGAAGCCUUCAGAGGAUUGUAGAGAAAAGAUGAUUCAAGAACUUUGGAGACCUUCAUAGGCCUGAGGCUGGAGUCGGAACAUCCAGAAUCACCAGACGUUUUCAGGAAAGGAGCUACAACCAUCACAUUCCUGCUAUCAGGACACUCCUGGACCAGAGACAGCAGAUCCUCCCUGGGCUGAGGAGAAACAGAACCGGACUGUUCUCAGUGGUCUAUGAUAUUCUUAUCUUUCUAAUGCACUUGUACACGAUGAGUGAAAACCUGGGUCUCCAGAGACCUGAAGGACCAGCAGAUGUUUGUUAGAACCUGAAGAACCGACUCUUCUCACAGCAAAACACAGGCAUGGUGGUUUGGUUUGGUUUUGUUGAAAUGAUGUAUUUUCAGGUUCAGAGAUGUAAUCGGUUCCAGACUGCUCACUCAGAAACAAAAAACUUCUGCUGGUUUUUCCACAUUUUUCUGAUUCACGUUUUAGUUCUGAUAAAAACUCAGCUAAUAUUCAGGUGUUGUAAAUUAAAAAAUGGAAAGUAAAA